AUGAAGUUCACUACACUUGCAACCAUCGCUACCACCUUGCUCAGUAGCAGCUACACCUUGGCUGACGUUGUUUAUGUCACUCAGACCCAUAAGGUCACACAAUAUGCUACAGUCACUGCCGGUGCUGGCCAAGAGACCGUUGUCCCUGUUGAUACUGUCAAACAAGCUGAUGCUCAGCAACAACAACUGCAACUGCUGUCGACUUGGGUCUUUUCUACCAACAUUUUUGGUCAGGAUAUUGCAUUCACCACAGUCGUUGGUGCUGGCUCAGAGGAUUGGGUCACAUUGUACAAUGAAAGAUUGGUCAUUCAAAGCGGUGACUCCUUGUCUACUCAAACUGGCGUUGUCUUGGCCAACCCUACCACCUUGACUACAUCAAUCGUUACUGAAGCCGCCGAAGCUUCAUCGGUGGCUGAACAAUCUGCACCAGUUGCAUCUGUUGCUGUAACACUGGCUGCUCAGUUACAAUCAGUAUCAUCAAACUCACCAAGCGUCGAAGCCACUUCAAAGACAGCAUCCACCCAAAUUGAAACACCAUCCACUAGCUCAAUCGAACAACAAAGUACCAGCGAGAGUGCCACUCCCGCCAGCUCUACUGCCUCAGCCUCUUCAUCAGAAGCCAGCUCAAGUUCAAGCUCUAGCUCAAGCUCUAGCUCAAGCUCUAGCUCAAGCAGCUCAGACUUUGGUGAUGUUUCAGAUGAAGCAUUCUCCAAAGCCAUCCUCGAUGCCCACAAUGAUAAAAGAGCACUCCAUGGUGUCUCUGCUUUAUCUUGGUCACAAUCGGCUUACGACUAUGCUCAAGCUUAUGCUGACAAGUACUCCUGCUCCGGUUCAUUAACCCACUCUGGCGGCUCAUAUGGUGAAAACUUGGCUGUGGGAUACUCUUCAGGCCCAGCCGCCGUUGACGCUUGGUACAGCGAAGGAGACGACUACAACUACAGCUCCGCCUCAACUUUUGACCAUUUCACCGCUAUCGUCUGGAAAUCAACCACCAAGGUUGGUUGUGCCUACAAAGACUGUAGAUCAAACAACUGGGGCUUGUACGUUAUUUGUUCUUAUGACCCAGCAGGAAACGUUGUUGGUCAAGGAAAAUCCAAUGUCUUGCCCUUGGUCUCCAGUUAA